AUGCUCGCUGCCGGGGUCGGAGGUCAGGGCGAGCGUCUCGCGGGCCGAAGGAGGAAGAUGGCGGUGGAAUCGCGCGUUACCCAGGAGGAAAUUAAAAAGGAGCCGGAGAAACCAAUCGACCGCGAGAAGACGUGCCCGCUGCUGCUGCGAGUCUUCACCACCAAUAACGGCCGCCACCACCGAAUGGAUGAGUUCUCCCGCGGAAACGUGCCUUCCAGCGAGCUGCAAAUCUACACUUGGAUGGAUGCAACCUUAAAAGAACUGACUAGUUUAGUGAAAGAAGUCUACCCAGAAGCUAGAAAGAAGGGCACACACUUCAAUUUUGCAAUUGUUUUUAUGGAUCUUAAAAGACCUGGCUAUCGAGUAAAGGAGAUUGGCAGCACCAUGUCUGGCAGAAAGGGGACCGACGAUUCCAUGACCCUUCAGUCACAGAAGUUUCAAAUAGGCGAUUAUUUGGAUAUAGCGAUUACCCCUCCAAAUCGGGCACCACCUCCUUCAGGGCGUAUGAGACCGUAUUAAAUUUUGUUUACUCUCUUGAAUUUAUUUUUCAGCCACUUAUGUAAAAUAAACUUAGAUACAUUUUCCUUCCCUGAUUUUUGCCAUUAAGCCUUUAAAUUCUAAACAAAUUGUAAUGCAUUUAUUUAGGAGUUAGAUUUGGAUGUACUAUGGUAUGUUAAUAGAAAGUCCUCAUGUUCCAAGCCCUUCUGUAAAAUAUGAAGUGCCCUUAGCGUUUUGUGUAAAAUUGUAUUGUGAAAUAUAUGUGUGCAAUCAGCCUGAGUGUGAAAGUUAAUAGAAGCAUGGGAACAGGGUUUCAUCUCAUGUUUGGGGUUUAUACUAAGUGAUGGAGAAAGGUAUUUUUAGCUUCAGAGAGGCAGAGCAAGAAAGCCAUGGGCCUGAAAUAGUGCAUGAGUUUGUGGUAUAGACUGUGGUAUGUGUUUAGGAGAGGGGCCUGUGUGAAUGAGGCAGCAGUUUUUUGGAAUAGUGUAAGGCUAAGGCAAAAGCAGCUCUGUCAGAAGAGGCUGGCCUGCCUAGAUCAGGGUGUGGUGACACAAGGUUAGAGAAAACAGGUGCCACAGUGAGCACUUUUUGUCUUAAAAACAGGGGCAGGAAGAUAAGGUAUUUUUGAAGGCAGAAACCAGUACAGAGAAAACAAGUCAGAACUUAGGGUAAAGGUGGAAAGGUUUACCUUGAAGAUCUGAAAAUGGAGGGAAGGAAGAGGAAUCUUGCAUAGCUUGUGUAUGCUAGGGACUGGUGCGUACUUCAGUUAGAGGCAGUGUAGCAGUGUUCAAGACCAGCAUGGCAAAAUAUUUAAGUCCUGUCUGCACCAGCAGUUCUGCAGUCUUGGACAAAUUACUAGAAUCAAGUCGUCUUUGUCUUAUGGUUAGGAUUGUGAAAGUUAAAUAUUUGUAAAGGAUUUAGAAUAGUGCCUGACAGAUAAAAAAGAAGACACACUUGUUAGUGGCCACAGGUGGAGAUUAGUCAGAACUGGAACCCUGUCUUCAUGAUAUUAUUAGAAUCUCAUUUUGAAAUCUAAAUAUGGCAAUAUGUAGUAAGCCUCAUUACUUUUAGACUGAGCUGAAAACUGAAAAUAUAUCCUGAAACGAGAAAAUACAUACUGGUGAUUCUCAAAGUAAAAUGCCAUGAAUAUAGUCUUAUGCAUAAAGAAAUGGCCAUAAAAAUCUGAUGACUUGUGGGAUUGGUGUCCCUGUUACAGUUGACUGACGGUGGCAAAGACCAGCUUGGAAGCAGAUCUAGUGGCUCUUGGCUGCAGUUCACCCCAAGUCCUUAGAUGUUUACUCAUUCAGGCUAGCUGGGCAUAAGUUCCUACUUACUUGGACAAUAGCCAUGAUUAUUUUCCUGUUUUUGGUGGAAAAAAGAUUUUAUGUCCUAUGUAGACAAUGAGGAUGGAACGAAGUAAAAGCCAUUUUUCCAUAUGCCGUGAACUCUCACAGAACUCUCCUGUAAUUCCAGUUGUUAUACUAGUUUAGAGUGGCUUGGUUGGUUUUGCUCAAUUCCCCCCUUUGCUUGAUUCCACUGUGGAAUUUUUUCUUUAAAGAUUUCAGUCUUCUACCAAAAGCAGAAACAUUAUCUAAUGAAUUUGUUACUGAUAAUGCUGAGUCAAGACUUGCACUUAGUCCUUCUAGCUUUGGUAACAAAGUAUAUGGCUUUGAGCAGUUUCCUCAAACAUAAAUGCUCACCAUGUCAGCAUCUUGCUCAGUGCUUUGGCGUCUGUCCUCACUGCCUCACUGGCACAAAGGUGUUCUGGAGUAGAAAUUUUCCCGCUGGAGUAUGAGUCAUAGUGACACUGCCUGUGUCUUCAGUUUUCUCACAAUACAUAACUGGACCGUUACACUCUAGUCAUUGACUCCAGUAAUGUUUCAGGUAUCAGUUGGGUGUAUGUGCAUGUGCCUGCACAUGUGUGUUCAGGGGCAGGUAUGAGUGGGGGAAGGAAAAUUGUCAGGCCAGGUUUAAAAUUAUUUUAUUCUGUAAUAAAGAGCUGGACUUACUCUACCUUUUUCUGUCGAAUCAAACACAAAUUCCAAAUGUGUUUUUUGUGAAGACAGUAUGCUAAAGCCAAACUUCCCAGGAUUGUGAUUUAAAGUGCUUAGCUAUGGCCACAUGCUGUGCUAGGAGCCAUUUUACCAUGUUACCUCUCUUCACCACAUGCGCUGACUGGCUCCAUCAGCUAUAAGAUGUAGCCAACAACAGUUCAAGUACAUGAUUCGUAGUGUAUUUCAUCUGUUCACUGUGGUCUGCCUCUACGCAUGCUACUGACUGCCCCUGUAGUGGAUUAUAAAUUCACCCCAGUAACAAAACUGCCAAAACAGUCAUCUAGAGUAACUGGAUCACCUUUAUUAGUUUUUUUUUUCCCUUGAUGGGACUAGGGUUUAAUCUUGGCUUCGCACUUGCAAAGCAGGUGCUGUACUACUUGAGCCACCCCUCCAAUCCAUCUUGCUCUGAGGUCUCACAUACUAUUCCCCCGGGCUCAAACCUUGAUCUUUGGGCCUCCGGAUCUCAGCCUCCCAAGUAGCUAAGGUUAUAGGCAUGAGCUACGGGUACAAGCUACUCAGUUCUUGUAGAUAAAGAACACCUAUCUUUUAAAAUGUAUGUGGCUAUGGUUUCUAGUUUGUGGUAAGGGCAGCUGAGGACAUUUCGUUUGUCUUACAGUUUAGACACAGGUUUGAUACCAGCUCUAAUUUCCUGGAGUAAUCAAACAAGUUUACAUGAUUUUAUUGUGUUAGAAAAAAAAUAAAUCAUGACUGGCAACAUUCUGUAAAGACAACAUCAUGUGCCCCGCCCCCCCUUCACCAAACUCCUAAGGGCCCUAAGCUAAAACCAAACUUUCUUGGUGGUUUUGAACUCGGGGCUUUGCGCUUGCAAAGCAGGUGCUCUACCGGUUGAGCCACAUCUCCAGUCUGUUUCGCUUUGGUUAUUUUGGAGAUGGGGGUC